AUGGUUUCCGCCAACUCCAACUCCAGGGCAUCUCAGCCGUGUGGUUACGCCACUGCGACUGAGGUCCCGAUGAACACUGAGAAUCCGGAGCCAAGAGCUCAGAGUAAGGUCCCCUGGUCCACCGGCCUCUACGGUUGUUUUUCCGAUUGCGACAGCUGUUGCUUGACGCUCUGGUGCCCUUGCAUUACGUUUGGCCGGAUUUCUGAGAUCGUCGACCGCUUGUUGUCAGAAUGGAACAAAGUGCAUAUUGAUAACGUGUAUGACGGGUGCUUGUAUUCACCGAUCCAAAAUGAGGCAGCGAUACUCGCUCCAAGGAACUCUCUGGUGCGACUUCUUCGCCCAUGCUUCUGCCAGUGUUGUGCUCUCUGUCAAGAGUAUCACGAGCUUAAGAAUCAUGGACUCGACAUGACCAUCAGAUGGCAUGGAAAUAUGGAACAGAAUCGGGGGAUUGACACGCCUCCAGUCGUUCAAGGAGGAAUAAUGACCAGAUACUUAUAUUCCAUGCAAAUCUCUAUCUAUAUAUAUAUAUGUACUAUAAGGAUGCUUUCAAUUCCAUGCAAAUCUCGUGUGUUUAUUUUUGUAAUAUAAACCAAUAAUUCGGCUUGUUGAACUUAUAAUUAUUCAGUGGGACUGAUCGAUAAUUAUUGUUAUUGUGUA